UCCAGAAAUUAUGAAAUAGCUACGCAUCUGUUCCGUCUGUUGGACCGAACAGAUAUGAGAUGUGCCUUUACAUCGGACGUACUGUCGGUGCCGUAUGGUUGGCACCAUUUAAGCCUAUUGAACAUAAAGAGGCUGAGGACUAAUCAACGACACUUGUAUCCCCUCGAUCCAACUGUUUUUAGGUCACGGUUUCCCACAGCUCUGUCGAGUGCGGCCCAAAAAAGAUGAAAUGAUUCGUCACACAGAUUAGAAAAAGGGAAUUUUUUCAGAACGUUGAGCAGCAGGUGCAUGCGCGUGGGGGGCGAUGCAGGGCAGCCCCGCUACCGACUGUAAACGAGUCCGCUGAAAGGGUUACAGUUCUGGGAGGCUGCGCCCUUCGAGAUCUCUAUGUGCGUUUUCGCUUCCGGGCGAAGCCCAUCGCCAGAUUUUUCAGAGCCGAUCGCCGGUCAUCGUUCACAACAGUAGACCCGGGCACCGAUGCUCCGUGCAGGAAGGAUGGAGGAGUUUGUAACGGAGGAAGAGGAACCAUGGUACGAUCAACGGGAUCUCGAGCAGGACCUGCACCUGGCAGCAGAGCUGGGCAAGACCCUGCUGGAGAGGAACAAGGACCUGGAGGACUCCCUGCAGCAGAUGUACCUCACCAACGAGGACCAGCUGCAGGAGAUAGAGUACAUGUCCAAGCAGCUGGAGAUGCUGAGGGAGAUGAACGAGCAGCAUGCUAAGGUGUACGAGCAGCUGGACGUGACAGCCAGGGAGCUGGAGAUCACCAACGAGAAGCUGGUGCUGGAGAGCAAGACUUCUCAGCAGAAGAUCGACAGGUUGACAGGCACCAUGGAGACACUGCACAGCCAGGUGGAGACUCUGACAGCCAGAGUGGAGGAGCUUAGGACCCUGGAAGAGCUGCGGGUUCGCAGAGAGAAGAGAGAGAGGAGGAAGACUGUUCACUCCUUCCCCUGCAUCAAAGAGCUCUGUACCGCGCCUCGGUACGAGGAUGGCUUCCUAUUGGCCAACCCGGGCAGCGUGGACCUGGUGUCGUCGGACCGCCGCCCCCUGGACGAAGAGAACGACCGCCUGAGGGGCGUGGUCUCGUCGCUGCGCGCCACCAUGGCGAUGGAGCGUGGGCGGCGCGAGGGGGCGGAGCGGGAGUGCUCGGCCGUCCUGCAGGAGUUUGAGCGCCUGGAACAGCGCCUCCUGGGGGCGGAGGGGUGCCAGCUACGCGUGCAGGAGCUGGAGGCGGAGCUGGAGGAGAUGCAGCAGCUGCGCAAGUCCCGCCUCUGUCUCCUGGAGGGGGAGGGGCUAGAGCAGACGUUGCUAAGCAACGCCCCGGAAACCGACACCCCCGAGGAGGAAGGGGGAGGGGGGGAGGCGGGGGAGGGGGGAGGCCAGGGAGGGGGAGGAGGGCAGGUGAGGAAGAGUUGCAGCGACACCGCCCUCAACGCCAUCUCGGCGCGGGACGCGUCGGGGCGGAGGCAGGGCAGCUACGCGCUCCACGCCAACGGUGUCCGUAAGCGCGGGAUGUCCAUCCUGAGGGAGGUGGACGAGCAGUAUCACGCUCUGCUGGAGAAGUACGAGGAACUGCUGGGGAAGUGCCGUCGUCACGAGGAGAGCCUGUGUCACGCCGGCGUCCAGACCUCCAGGCCUGUCUCCAGGGACCCGUCCAUGAGGGAGUGCAUCAUGCCCAGCGCGGGGCCCUCUCCUGGGGCCCUGGGAGCCACCGGAGGACCCCCCACCCCGCCCCAGACACCCUCCACUCCUGAGGCCCUGGAGGGCAUCAGCAGACAGGUGGAGCAGGUGGACAAGAGGCUGGGCCAGAACGCGCCAGAGUACAAGGCCCUGUUCAAGGAGAUCUUCUCCCGGCUGCAGAAGACCAAGAGAGACAUCAACUCCAGCAAAGGAAGGAAGGGCAGCAAGAAGGAGGAUCAGGAGAGAGAUCACAGGAAGACCAGCAAGUAAACUGAUCUCUCUCUCUCCAGGCUGGAUUCAUAGAUGAACAUAAAGGAGAAGUUGACACACAAGCCAAUGAAAGACCAGGAGCAUCUCCCCCCAGCUGGCCUCCACACACAGCAUAUUUCAAAGUGCUCUUUUAACACCAGGCGUGUUCAUUUUAGUCGUUGAGUGUUUAUAAGCGUAGGUCCACGCUCAUGAGGUGAAUCCAGAGAAACGCUCCUGGUGUUAAAAGAGCACUGUCCUGUGCAGUCCUCUGGCUCAUCAGAGUGAUCGCGCCUAGUGGGGUGACAUCACUUCCUGUCUGUGACUGCAAGCACUGAAAGCCAGGCGAAGGAGGGAGGGAAGGAGGGAGGAAGGAAAUGUUUCAAGGCUUCUCUUGAUUUUCCCUCCAAUGUUGAUGAUGUCAUAAACCCCUGUAUCUCUGAACUGCCAAACUCCAAGCCUUGUUUGUUGAUCUAAUGUUGUUUAUGCAGACAGCUAUCAUAGUCUGUGUUUAAUGAGACAAUCCUGCAAAAUAUUGUAAACACAACUAAGAUAAACCAGUGGUUCCGUAAUGUGUUGUUUAAAAUGUAGGUAAACAAACACUGAUGUGUGUUUGUGCCAGUGGUGGCGGCCAUGUUAUGGUAGUAAGUCUGAACACAGACUGUCACAACAGCUGAUGAUCGCUGCUCGUCUAGCUACAGUACCUCUCUAGGCAUGAGAAUGACGCAUGGAACUGCAACCUAGUAACAAACAAAUAAUCACUUAAUCUUGCCGAAUCUUAAUUCUAGUUGCACAAAAGUUGAAUUGAUAGGAUGCGAUGCUUGAUAUAAGUAACCAAAUUAUUUAUACUUAAACAUACCAAAGUCUCUGGUAUGUUUAAGCUUGUUUGUUUAGUGGCGAUAAAUGUCCAUUUAGGACUCCAUGUCUUCGAGAUGUCCGAGCGGUGUUGACGAUGCCAAAUGCACUGUUACGUUCACAGCCAACUAAGCUAUUAAUUUAUAUGUCCUGUGCAAGUACUGCAGAUUUACACAUAGUUUCAUAAGCUUCAGUUGACAUUUUGAUUAAAGGUAGAGUUAAAAGCCCAAAUUAUUUUUUAACUCCACCCAUCUGGGAUGCCCUGGCGUUCAAAAAAUUCUAAACUGCUGACUCAUACAAUGUGUUGAAGCGCAAUGAAGUCCCAUAUAACUUCGCUGAGGAAAUGUUUGUUUCGAACACAGUGAGGGAUGCCAGCUGCCAAACUUUACGUGUAUGCUUAAUUCGUUUUAAAGUCAAAACAUAGACAUAAAUAUACAGCUUUUUGGGGGGUGGACCAUUAAUGAGUCAUGGUACUAAACGUGCUUUAACAUUCUGUUCAAUAAAACUGUCUGCAAUAUC